AUGGACCGGAAUGGGAUUUCGGAUACCUCCUCGGCCAUGGCGUUGGACGACGUACCUCAUUCGGGCCCAAAUGGCUCUCAUCCGCUUUCCGUGACCGGACAACAAUGCAAUACCACCACACCUACCCACUUUGACCCAAUGUCGGCAACAGGGUGGAACCCAUUUGGGACCACAAGUAUGGACUCUAUGGUGCGGGCGUUGGACGGGUCUCUGUUUAGCCCCGGUGGUUCUCUUCCCUGGGGCGACGACUACACGCCGUUGACUGAUCCCAUGUCUGUCGGGAAUACCUUCGCCGGCGCCAUGGACGAGUCCACCAACCCAGGAUCAUCGUACUUCUUGCCCCUCCAUGAGAUCUCCAAGCCAGUGGGACCGUUAGAUGCUCCCCAACCAGGGGCAUUGACAGCAAAUUCCUACAACGCCAACUCUCCUUACAAUGUUCCAUCCUUAUCAUCCUCUUCCUCAGAUAGCCAUUAUCGGGACAGUUCCUCUCGUGGGGAGGAGAACGAUCCUACACAGGGACUGCUCCGCGGUGACCAUUCUCCGCGGUUGACUCUUGGCUACCACUUUGUCCCGAAGGUCGGUCCCUUUGCUAUGCGAGAUUACGAUGAAACCUACCGAGAUUUGUUCACGGUGCUCCGCGAUUAUCCGGGUAUGAUCCUAGAGCGGGAGUUCUGGUCGCCAUUUGUACAUCAUCGUCUGUACCGUUGCUCGAUGGGCGGCAUGGCCGAACCCAUGGGAAUCGCUUUGGCCUGUGUAUCGGCACAUGCCAGUUCAGUCGAGUCGAGCUAUGGGUUCGUAGAUCGCAUGAUUAACGAAGAACGCGACAAGCUCGUUCGCAACUUCCACAAGCACGUCGACACCCCAGAGACAUGUCUAGCCGCAGUACACGCAGUGUGCCUGUACCAGAUUCUGGGCCUCUUUGGAGAUAAUUUCUUGCCCGCAGCUAUUGUCCGGCCUCAAGUCCCGAAGGAGAUCAAUGACAAGCGCCGCGAGGAAAAUGAGCGAGCGGCCGAGUUGCACAGUUCCUUUUUGAUGAAGAUGGCUCGUCGGCUAUACAAGAUGCAUCAGGAAAAGCUCUUGACCCACCACAACGACGAGACUGAUUGGAACCGGUGGAAAUAUGCUGAAUCUCUCCGUCGGAACUUCUUCUUUGUUAACAUGAUAAACAUCCUCGGGGCAAAGGCCCGUUUACUCAAUGAACAGUACUUUGAACCCCUUGGCGACGACAUCGUCCUCCAACUCCCCCUUCCAGCCACGGAGCAUAUGUGGCGCUGUUGCGACGAAGAGGAGUGGGCGAUAGCUCGUGAGCACGCAAUGCGUCGGCCGGCCAACAGUCCUCCUGUGGCCCGAACAUUGCGCGAGCUGUUAGAGCAAGACAAGGCAGGGACCUUGGAUGCUUCUACGCUGUUGCCCGUUACUCGACUGAUUUUCGCAUGUGCUAAGGUUGCCCCGAAGGGUGAUUCCCUUGGUGAUUUAUGA